GUGUAAUGUUCCUCCCGGCCACUCGCACCUUUGGCGCUGUUGUGCCCGCCCGCUUACUGUAAACACGCCUUCCUCACGCAAAACACUUCUUCAUUCAGUGUGACAGGCUGGAGAAAGACGGCUGGAGAUCCGAAGCGCACGACAUUUAUCGCAGAAUACUUGGUUUUAUCCAACAAACAAACGCUAUCAUGCAGCAGAGAGACAACAUUUUUCCUGGCAGGAAAACAGUGACCUUCCGUAGGGGUCCUCGGGGGUACCUCCUUCAGCAACCAAGUGAUGCAGCAAAGCUCCUUAAGGACAACCCUUCGCUGCAGGACAAAUCUGCACCUCUGAGGGAGGACGCUGUGAGGGAGAAUGCCCUGACUGUUGUCCGUGUGAGGGGAGGGGAUACCUCAGACAAGACGGAGGUACUGGGAGAGUACAUCCUGCAGUUUGGGAAGUAUAAGGGGAAAUCCUUCCGGUGGCUUUUGGAGUAUGAUGUAGGGUACACCAUCUACCUCAUCCAACAUGUGGAAAAAGAAGAGGCUGCAGGAGUGUCAAUGACCCAGGGACACAACAAGGACAGCAUAUUGUCCUUUGUCAGAUAUGCCUGCAGCUUUCGCGACCUCACAUCCCUUGUGAGCUACCAGCCCCCCCCCCCCCUAAAGCAGCCUCAGAGGAUGAGCAGCUGGUGGGCUUUGGCGCUCGUUCGAAGAGCACCUGGCGGGAGGUGUGGGACAGCAGGGCUGACGGCUAUGCAGCCUUCAUCCUGAAGAGCAAGUGCUUUCCGGGGUCGCAGAUGCACAGGCUGCAGCAGUACCUCAUGAAGCACUCAACCUCCGUCCCUCCACUAGUUCAGAAGGCACCAGAACAAGCCACGAUGAUGGAUGACGAUGAAGAGCUGGAGAGAGCAAUGCUGAGCACUGAGGAACUAGUAGAGUGUACUGCUGCUCCAUCAUCAUCGUCAUUGUCAGCUGAAGUGCGACCAUCCCCUGCCACACAAACAGCCAUCUUCUGGCCUUGUUCUGUGUUCCGGCCAUGUUCAGGCCAUGUCCAACUAAUACUGUGUCUGCAUGCUGGUGUUCCUACUAACAAAUAGGGUUCAUGAAUUGAUUUCCUCAACGUAGAGGUGACAUCUGCUUCAGUGUCAAGACCACCCGCUGACACUAAAGAAAAACAACCGACGCUGCUAGUGGAUGCCCCCGCUGCCUUGCCGACAGUGAAGACACCUGUGCCCCUUCCUGCUGAGCUGCAGUUUAUGGUCAAAGAGCUAGAGAGGACUGUCUCUGCACCAGCCCUCCCAUCCUCUGAGACCUCCUCUGCUCCUCACACACCUGAGCCACUGCCCACUGGUCCUUCUGUUGUGCCCCGACCGACACUCAGACCAACCCCCCAUACUACACCUGAGCAACCACACACCGAGCCCCCUGCCUUUGCUCCCCCACUGGCAGCAGAUCAGGACAUAAACAGUUGGAGCUGCUCCCAUCACCAGAAGAUUUGGAUGAGGACAGAACUCCAGUCUCUGGGACUGUGGCCUGGGUUUCAGCAUAUGCUAGGGCCAGGGCAUGCGCUUUCGCUAUGGCGUCUCCCCCCACAGCCUGAACUCAUUGACUCGGUGUCAACUCUCCCAUCCCGCAACUUCUUCCAGCUCCAUCCAUUUUUCAUCUGGAAACCUGAGAGUAGCAUAAUGGUGAGACUGAGGAAUAAUUAUGUACUCCCUUGCCUUCAUGGUUGUCCGAAGCCAGACGUCGUCUCAGCCGGUGUGGGAAGGCCUCGAGUGAUUGUCGGCAACCAAGGACAGUACUACAUCCUUGCCUCGUGCCUCCGCUGCAAGAUGUGUAAGCGGAUGUGGUUUGCCGACAGUCCUCGGUGGCUGGAGAAACUGCCAAAGCGCUUCACAAACAUUGUGCCAGCAUUCCUGACUUACAAGAAGGCCAUUUGUAAGUCUGUGCUUCAUGAGCUGAGGCGCACUGGCAAGUCGCCCUCUGACGUGGCUAACCAGGUGAACGAACUGCUGCAUCUUAAGUAUGAACAAGCUCACCUUGCAUAUCUCGGCAGCAUUGUGAACAUCUGGGACGCUGAGGCUGGGGUUUAUGGGCAGAGAACACUCGGUCACCUGGUGAGGAAGGAAGACCCACCACUAGACUUUGGAACCUAUGAGGACGCAGGGGGAUGGAGUGGAGUCUCUGUCUCUGCCUACUACUUAGCUGACUGCCUCAUUGAUGAGUAUCGGCGCCAACAGCCAGCAAUCACAAAGCUCCUGCAGGGCACUUUCGGACAGGUCGUGCGCUCUGACCACACCAGGAAAGUGGCACGAAAAGUGACCCUGUCAUCAGGCACCAUGUCCAGUUAUGCCAUCAUGAACGAGAACUGGAUGAUCGCCUCCUGGGUCAUGGUGCAAUCAGAAACAGAGAAAUCGCUUACGCCUAUGUACCAGGGGUUAGCGAAGAGGUACGAUGAUGCUGGGGUGGAAAAGGCCAAGUACCACUGGGUAGACAGGGACUGCUGUGCGCCAUUCAGAAUCCCUGACCUUCAACACGGAGAGUGCCUUAACUGGGAUGCCUGGAAGACGACAGAGUCCAUCGUUGCCGAGGCCACAGUUGGUGCUCUGGAGAACACUUGUGCGUCUCGUACAGACUACAACCGCAACAUUGUGGUCAAGUUGGACCUGUUCCACUGUAUGAUGCUCUGAAGUGCACUCCCGAGUAAAGCGCCUCAUACAGUGAGUGCACUUCAGAGCAUCAUUCCCUCUACAGCACCUUCUGCCAACUCCUCUCCUCUGCCUUCUCUGUCGUGGAUCAGGAGGACCUACAGAAACUGACAGGUGCUUACCAGUUCUGUGGAAUUCAACCGCCAAAUCCCACAAAACAGCAUAUCAGAGAACACUGUAGAACCCUGAUCCCAGCACCAGCAGAACUAGUCAACAGAGUGGAGAAAGUUCUUCGACAUUUCCACCUGACCACAGACCCAAACAAUGUACCUCUCUUCAAACAUACCAUGCUGAAGACUUGGCGUAUCCAGAGGGUGCACAUUCUGCGUGGGUGCCUGAGUGACCCCCAGCUCCCUGGGGGAACCCUGUACAGGUAUGGGGGGACUCUGCAGCUGAACCACGUCCCUGGUGACGGUGCGAAAGUCCCCAUCUGGAUUCCUGUCAGGGGGACCUCACAGCAGGAGGGUUACCAUUUCCAUCAGUCCCAGUGGAUUACUGGGACUCAUGUGUCCUGUGAACUGUUCCAGGCUCAGGGCAUGACAGGGGUGGCAAGAUGGAACUACAAGCGGCUUCUGGACCUGAAGCAGCCAGAUGUGACCCUCCCGCCUGUUUUUGAUCCGUUGCUCAUAAUGGAGCUGAACUCUGCUUCAAAGAGAGUGACAGGAAAGGAGAAGUACCCUCUACUUUGCCUCUCUGAUAGGGACACAGGAGAGAGAUUUGGACUCGAGUACAUUGAGCCAGAGUGCCGCCCAGUUCCCCUAGACUGGAACAAACACAGGUCAAAAGGGAAGGAUGAUGUACCGGUUUCCAGUGCCUCCACCCCCUGGCCCGACACCAUCUGUAAACCUGGCCCCAUCCACUCCUGCACCUGUGGCCCAGCCACCCCAGCUUCACCCUGCUGGGAGCCGUAAUGUACAGCUGAUGUCCCAAGGAAGCAUGGAACAUCCAGCUAUAAUGGAAACUUCACCUCUGCCACUGAGGUCCUCCCCACAGAGUGCCCGCACCGGACCGAUUAAGACAGGUGGAAGAGUCUUUGUCUUGGACCACAAGCGCUGGCCGUCACCAAUGAAGGCAGCUAUAGACAGCCUCCUAAACACCUACCAUGGGCAGAAAGAGAUGGUAAAACUUGUGGACCAUGCUGCCAUGGUCCAUCAAUCUGCCUCUGACCCAAAUAGUCUCCUUCACCCCACCACCAAACAUCACAUUACACUGUACACAAAACACCUGGCAAAACAACUGAACACCAGCUCUUCUCUGAACACCAGUCCAGAAAAACUAAUGGAGACACAGAAGCUGUGGCAAGACUUAACGGAGGGAAGUGAGACUGUCCAUGUCCCAGUUGUUGUGCUGCCACCAGCCACUGUCAAUCCGGUCGAUGUCAAAUGUGUGCCACCUGAAAAGCCAUUGGCAGAGGACAAAAUACAGCAAAUGCUACAGGACAUUCAGCAACAGCUACAGCGGCAGGAGCAGCAACAGCUACAGCAGCAGGAGCAGCAACAAAAGCCACGGCAGACCAAAACGUGCCAUGCGUGUGGGCAGCCAGUGUCACGCUACCAAAAUGAUGGAUCAUCGGUCCAUCAUUUUUACCAACAAGGCCCUACACGCUACCACUACUGUUCCACAAAGGUCUUCCAGACAUACUCUGCAGAGGGCCUGACAGACCCCAAGAUGACCUUUGAAGCAUUUGCUCAGACUGCAUUCUUUCAGCGUGAGCUGCAGCUAACGAGGGACAGAGUGGAGGAAAAGGCUGCCAAGAGGAGAAAACUCAUGGAACCUGUGGCUCCUCAAACGUAGGGGCGAAUGUGCCGCUUCUGCCAUACGACGCUGAAGCAGAGCCCCCACGGCAAACACAUUCACACAGGGUUUCCUGGAGUGGCAGGCAAAUACAUUUACUGCCCUUCAAAGGUCUUUAACAUGUAUAAAUCAGAGGGUAUGCUUACAGAAAUGACAUGGAAGGAAUUCCAAGCAUCACCCUUUUAUGCCAUGGAAAAGAAGAAGUGGGCAGCGGAGAGAAAAAAAUAGAACAUGUUGAAUGAACAAUCCAGGAGUGGCUCCAUUGUGUUGUGUGCUUGUGUUGUGUG